CGACGAGAAGGCCGGCAAGAUGACCCGUCUGAACGUGAACGCUUUGGAAGAGAAUCAUUUCGAGGUUGAAGCCUAACUCCAUUGAGACGUGUACCGUUGCGUUGCAUUGCUUCAUUUUGUACUGUUUCAGACAUGGCCAGCAGAAGCUCAGAUGAUGGAAGUGUGGCCCCUUGAAAAUUUCUCGGUUUGUAGUUCCCGAUGUGUUGUGCAGUAAGCGGAGAGCGCCAAAAGAUUCAUCACGGUAGAUCGCGAGAAUGCCUUUGGCGCGGGAGGCCAAGAUCGCAUUCAGGCGUCUUGCCUUGAAUAGAGGCUUGAAGUUUUUCAACGUCGUAGUCAUUGUGGCUGGUGCAUUGACUAUCAUCAUGGUGAUCACUUUACAGCAGCCUCCAACUCUUUGCCCUGGAUGGCUGUUGAUUUUUCUCGGCAUCUUGACCAUGGUGGGAGGACUUUCAGGCUUUGGUGGAACGACUCUGCCGUGCUGCUACAUGACUCAUUUGACCUCGAUGGGGGUCUCCAAUUUGGGCACUCUGAUUUAUGCUCUUACGCUCUUUGGACAGAGACCCAAAAUCCUGGAGGCCUUUGGUCCAACGAAAUAUGCCGUUGAGAGCGUGGACAAAUUUCUCAUAACUUGCUCGUGGUUGUAUCUCACUCUGGCUGUCAUUCAGGUACUCUUAAUUGGUGGCAGAUGCACUUUACAACGUAUGACCACCGAGAUUUUUGAGACUCUUGAGCAAACCCUAGCUGCACGGAAUGCAGCCAUGGGUGCAUUGCGUCGAGAAUUAGGUGAACAAGAAAGCAGAGUUGACAAGACUUUGACCAAUAAAAUUGAAGAGAAAAUGGCCAGCAAGUAUGGAGAGUGGAUGAACAAAUAAAAUGGACUCUUUCAGUUUCUUGAGGUUACUGAGCGGCAAGACUUCGUGAGGACCAUGGAGCAGUUGAACGGUACAGCAAGGGCGAAUUAGAGGAGGAGAUUUAUUAUCCAAGAUUACGCUCAGUGAUCCCUCCAUCGCCGACUGCUUGCGCUCUCGAAGCGUGUUGAAAUCAUGCACAACCAAAGAGAAGGCUCGUCCACUUUGGCGAUCUUAGUUGUUAGCAAUUUGGAGCUCCUGCUUCGAUCGUAUAGCGCAGUAUCUAUCAUAAGGGGUAACACAAAGCUUUGCAGGUCUCUCCCAAAUAGUGUGUCACAAGUGUGCGACAUGUAACCUGUUGUUUGAAGUCCAUGAUACGACUGUAUUUCUUGCUGGAUGAUUGGAUGAGGCAAUAUUGGCGUUAGUUUAUCUCCGCUGGGAAGCGUUGAUUGUCAGUAUUAGCCAUCAGUUUCACUUGUUAAACAUCUAGAAUGCACUCCAUUGUAAUCAGGUUGUAAGCACAUUCAUUUGUAUUUAGUCUCCAUUCAUAUGAGGAUCAUGUCUCGCCAUGGCAGUUGGGCCAGAUUGUGCAUAUAAAGUUCGAG